UGUUAGAUGGGAACUAGCGCUCAUGUAGACACUUAACUUGUCGUGGAGCCAUCGACACAGAGCCUAUCUACAGUAGAAGGACUUUUCGAAGCAAUCAUGGCAGACGUCAUCAAAGACAUAUUCAUGGCAGAUUUUCUGUUUAAUGGGGAAUUAAAUCCCACCAACCUCACUUCAAACAUGAUUCUCCUAAUCAGUCUUAUUAUAUUGGGACUGGUUGUCAUGUGGACCGUGGUACUCUGCCGGAAAUGUCGCAAAAAAGUAGAGGAAGUUAUACCACAGAUAAAGUCACGGAUGGGAGCUGGAAAGAAAACGCCAAGGUUCCGAAAACGGGAUAAAGUCAUGUUUUAUGGUCGAAAGAUGUUGAGAAAAGUGAACAGUUCUUUAUCGAUGAGUAAGAUGGAUACAUCCGGCCGGCGAAUAAAAAAGCGACAGUUGGUGCUGAAGUUUGCCAAGCGUUUGAUGCGCCUGAGCAAAAAGGACAGCAAGCCACUGCUGCGCCCGAAGGAGCCUCCGCCGGCAUACCUGGAGGAAGACCUGGUCGAGGAGAAGGAGCUGGAGCUUCCGCCUGAGGUUCUCUACAUGCUUAAGAGCGUCAGAGUGCUGGGCCAUUUUGAGAAGCCCAUGUUUUUCGAGCUGUGCAAGCACACGACUUCUCUGUGCAUCCCUCAGCAUGGCUAUCUUUUUCGUAUCGGCGAGAAGGACAACAGCAUUUAUGUGGUCCAGGCUGGGAAGAUUUGCCUUAGUGUCACACAGCUGGAUGGAACAGAGUUAGUGGUGAAAGAGGUAGGACCAGGAGAUAGCAUUCAGAGUCUGCUGUCUAUCAUCGAUGUCUUAACAGGCUACGAGGCGCCGUACAAGGGACAGUGUCGGCGCGGGCGCUGCGCUCGAGGCGAACGACGGUUCAUCCGGCUUCCUGUGUCGGCGUUCAGUGAGAUCCUGAAGCAGUACCCUGGCUCGCUCGUGCGCAUCGUGCAGAUCAUCAUGAUUCGGCUGCGGCGUCACCACGCGGCUGCACACUACCUCGGCCUGAGCGCGGAGCUCAUCAACCCUGAGGGUUCGUCACAGACAUUCUCCGUACAAUCGCUCGCCGACAACAGGAUUCCGGCAGCGGGGGCGUCGACGGCGCGAGGGAGGCCACCUACUCGGCACCCAGCUAUGUCGGAGGAGGACGAGAGAGCGUACCCGUCGUCGGGCAGUGACAGCGAACGUGUCAUCAACGUCACGAACAUGUACAGCUCGAGUGAAGCGGACACGGCUGACAGCAAGCGCGACAAUGAAGAGGAGUUUAAUGCUGCCUGCGAGAGGGCUCGUGUGUACUCCACAGAAAGAAAUCUAUCCCAGUCCUCGACAGAUUUUCACGAAGGCAAAAAGUUGGAAAGAAACUUGAGCCUCCCGGUGAGGCGGCUUGGCGGCAGCGACAGCGGCGGGGAGGGGAAGGCGAGGACAAAGAGGAAGGUGUCGUGGAGCACGACUCCGGAGGAGGUGAUCGAGGGCCGACACUCGAGCGAAAUGAUUCUCGAGGCAGUGCGCGCAAAGAAGAGCGAGGACGCGCGCAUGCUGCAGCUAGCCGUGGAAGACCUCAAGCGUCUGUUGCACAUCGACGACGAGAAGGUGUUUGAAGGGCGACUACGGCUCAUCCAGGUUAGCACGGGCAAGGUGCUGUGUAGACAGAACGAAGUCGAUGCGAGUCUCUAUUUUGUUGUCACCGGUUCCCUGCAGGUCUCACAGAAAGUCAUCGACAAAGAACAUGCCGAGUCACUGCUGUUUAGGGCAUAUCCCGGUGAGAUUGUCGGAACUCUGAGCGUGCUCACUGGAGAGGCGUCCAUGUUUAGCAUACGCGCCAGACAGAGCAGCCACCUGGUGGUCAUCUCUAAGUCUGACGUUUACGAUGUCAUGCGAGAUCAUCCUAAAGUCGUGCUGUGUAUUGCACAUAGCAUUGUGCAGCGUUUAUCACCCUUUGUCCGAUCCAUCGACUUUGCAUUAGAUUGGAUUCAGGUGGAAGCAGGCAGAGCUGUCUACAGGCAAGACGACAGCUCUGAAUCCGUCUACAUACUGCUAAGCGGUCGCCUUAGAUCCAUCAUCACCCGACCAAAUACGAAGAAAGACAUUAUCGAGGAGUUUGGUCGUGGAGAGUUAGUCGGUGUCGUGGAGGUUCUCACGCAGACACCUAGAACUACAACUCUGAUGGCAGUUAGAGACACUGAGCUAGCCAAACUCCCAGAUGGCCUUCUAAACCUAAUCAAGCGCAAAUAUCCGCAGGUAGUGUCACGACUGAUGCACUUGCUUGGCCAGCGUGUUCUCACUAGCCUGCAACGCCCUCUAGGGGAAGGCGUGGUCGAGCCAAAGUCUGCAUUUGGCAAUCUUUCUACGGUAGCAGUGUUACCUGUGUCAGAUGACGUUCCAUUAGAAUCGUUCACGCUAGAGCUCACACAUUUUGUCGAAGCAAUAGGUUCUGUGUUGAGGCUGACAAGUGACACAGUGAGGUCAUCACUUGGUGCCAGUGCAUUAGAUAGCAUCUACGACUACCACCUGUCGAGCUGGCUGGCUCAGCAGGACGAUAUGCACAGCAUGGUGAUCUACCAGUGUGACUAUCGCGUGACGCCGUGGACGCAGCGAUGCAUACGACACGCUGACUGCAUCCUCAUCGUUGCCCUCGCCGACCAGGAACCCAUCGUCGCAAAGCUUGAGUCGCAGAUGAGUCACGCGGGGAUGCGAGCGCAGAAGGAGCUGGUCAUCCUGCAUGGGGGGGAUGCAGUGAGCCCCGCCCGCACUGCUGAGUGGCUGAACCUGCGUGACUGGUGCAACUCACACCACCACAUACGCUGCCCGAAGCGCAUGUUCCUCAGGAAACCCGCGACCAAGAUGAAGGAGAUGUACGAGCGCAUCCUGAAGAAGCCACAGGACCGUCACUCGGACUUCGCUCGUCUCGCGCGAUUCCUCACCGGCACUAGCGUUGGGCUGAUCCUCGGCGGCGGCGGCGCGCGCGGCGCCGCUCACGUCGGCAUCAUCAAGGCCAUGUGUGAGUACGGCAUCCCGAUCGACAUGGUCGGCGGAACCAGCAUCGGCUCCUUCAUGGGUGGACUGUGGGCCGAGGAGCGAAACCUGACAAGGUUUACACAGAGAGCUAGAGAAUGGUCUCAUGACAUGACCUCUUUGUGGAAGAAAGUCCUAGAUCUGACGUACCCAAUCGCAGCCAUGUUUUCAGGGCGUGCCUUCAACCAGGGCAUUGAGGUUGUCUUCAAGGAUAAGCAGAUCGAAGACCUGUGGUUGCCGUACUUCUGCAUUACGACCGACAUCACAGCGUCGACGAUGCGAAUUCACACAUCAGGGUCGCUGUGGCGAUACGUUCGCGCUAGCAUGUCGCUUUCUGGCUACCUGCCGCCACUCUGUGAUCCCAUCGAUGGGCACCUGUUACUCGACGGUGGAUAUGUCAAUAACUUACCAGGUAACGCUGAUGUGAUGAAACAAAUGGGAGCUAACCACAUUAUAGCAGUCGAUGUCGGAAGCCAAGACGACAGUGACCUCAGUAACUAUGGCGAUGUACUUUCCGGUGUGUUGCUAUGGAAACGAUGGUGGCCGUGGGCCUCACCAAUCAGGGUUUCCUGAAUGACAGAGAUACAGUCGCGGCUGGCCUACGUGUCGUGCGUGCGUCAACUGGAGCAGGUUAAGGAAGCAGGACUACGUCAUGUACGUGCGACCACGAUCGACAUGUACAAGACAUUGCAGUUUGGCAGUUUCCUGUGGACGAAAAAACUAACACGUGACGGCGGCCUAUAUAAAAGUAUUGAUGUUGGCUACAGGCAUGGAAAGGCCAUCUUUGAACAGAUGAAGAAAUCGGGCAAGCUGUCUUCAAUAUUGAAGGACAAGCACAGCCCAACUGCUUCCUCUCACCACGUGUACAGGACCAACAGAGAAAACCGCAUCAUGUCGCUGCAGUCGUAUACGAACCUCGCGACGCUGGUCUCCCGCAUCGAGGAGCCGCUGUCCUCGGUCGUGUCGUCAGUUAGCGACGACGAGUACGAAGAUGAUGACCUGCUCGACGACAUGAACUUUGACCUGACCACGCAGUCUGACAUGUCGACGCAGUCAGCGCCAGAAGACGGCUCAUCGCUACGGCAACGCCGAGACCUCAACGCGAAGCAGACGCUCAGCGAACCGGUCAACUUCACAAUCGGUAGCAAGUAGCAUUGCAGCAACUGUUGCUACUGCCGCCAUGACAGUUAGUGGACGCAGGCGAUUCGACGCCAUGCAGUAACUGUAUAGUAACCAGAGAAGAAACACUGAGCUGAGGUGCGGUUUGAUGCGUCUUUACUAAGUUUAUGUUCGAUCGAUGGCAAACUUCUCGCAGAGAAAUUCCGCUUAGGAGAGAGACGCGUUAGCGAGUGAAAUCUACAAUGAUGUGUAGGCAUUGUAUUUUGCACGUUGCAUUUACAGUGGUUUGUAAUGAAGUUGGUUACCAUUUUUAGUCGAUUCAUUUCCAGUAUGCAUAGUAGUGCAAUGACAGGAACAGAGAAACAGAGAGGUUUAGGGUUCUUUCAUCCUCUCCUAUUGUGUGCCAAAAUGUGUUUGUAGGAUUUGAUAUGUUAUGCUCAGGAGCAUAUGUUGAUAUUAUUGUGAAUUGUCAAUAUUUGCCAGCGACAGUAUUUUUGUCACAUUGCCAAGUUUCGUUUCAAGCUUUAUUGAGCUUAUUGCUCGGUUUACUGUGAUAUUCGCCAACAAAAUGGUACCCGAGCUGUUAUGCGCAUGACAAGGAUGUUAAAUGUGCUGAUACUAGUGUAACAUGCUAUUUUAUCACAUGUUAAAUGCACUUGUUUGUAAAAAUCUUAAUGAGAAUGGACAGCGAUUAGGACAGUGGCCUAUGCCAUGCCUAAAACAUUAGCAUGAUGUUAACAUGAUUUUAAUUUUGCUUUAACGGGUCCCUCGUGAUCUGAACAUGGUAUAGGGGUAGGUGCUAUGGUUUCUUGUUUUCACUUGAGUAGCAUUACUUGCGUCACUCGAGUACAUGGAGUACAGAUAUUAAACAACUUUCAGUGUUGCAACAAUAAAGAUGUAGCUUUGCAGGAAAUGGUAUAUAAAGCAAGUACAUUGUUAUGAACCAUUGAAGUAACCUAGGUUCUGCUUUGGCUAUUUACACAUAACUUUUUAUGUAUAUGAUGUGGAAGAUGCAUCUGCUAUGUAACAUUAAAGCAAUGUUGCAAAAUGGGUAGUCGAGGUUAUCUAUAUGGAACUAUAUAGAACAUCAUCAAUGCAAUUUUAUUAUAUAUACUGUAUUUUACAAGGUGCUGAUAACAAAUAAAUCCAGAGAUACAAGUA